AGAGGAUACUGGUUUUCGACAGUUGACCACUUACCUGCUCGCGACCCCCAGAUAUCCUCCUCAUCUUCGCAUUCUUCACGACAUCGCUCACGUUCCUUAACGCUUGUCACCCAGCCUGCGGGCUUUUCUCUGUUCUGCACCCUUUCUUGCUGUCGAAUACAUUCAAGAGCCAGGCUUAACCAACCACUUUGACAGAUUCAACUACUACUUUCCCUCUCGUCCUUAGCAUAACAACUUUGGCACACCCACCGUGACUUUUCUCAACAUGUCUUCUUACUCUGAUCUCCCCACCUCCCCUCAAUCCCCCAGCGGGAUGUCCACGCGACGUCUCACGAACCGGAAUACCAAUCGCUACAGUGUCACCGCACUGUUUAGCAUGGCCGCGGAACAGGAUGUCGAGGUUGAGGAUGAGCUUGGCCGAGGCAGGUGUUCCGCUAACCUGCUUGUAUGCAGUUAUUCAAGUGUUCUAUCACACAGCGCAAAAGCGGUUGAGAGAUCUCAAGUCCAAGAUUUCGGCACAGUCAAAGCGGAACUUCGUCCUAGAACGUGAUGUUCGUUUUCUUGACUCCCGAAUAGGUCUUCUGAUUCAAAAUCGUAUGGCUCUUGACGAGCAAAACGAAGUGGAGAAACAUCUAGAAGACGUCGACGCUACGGAAGGUCACUUCCCGGAUGACCGCAAGAUGCAGCAGUAUUCAAACCUAUUCUUCCUCCUCCAAUCCGAGCCACGACACAUUGCAUCCCUCUGCCGCCUUGUCAGUCUGUCCGAAAUCGAUACCCUUUUGCAAACCGUCAUGUUCACGCUUUACGGAAACCAAUACGAGAGCCGAGAAGAACAUCUGCUGUUGACGAUGUUCCAAUCCGUACUCUCAUCGCAGUUUGAGACUGCUACUGAGUUCGGAUCUCUGCUCCGUGCCAACACGCCCGUUUCGCGCAUGAUGACGACCUAUACUAGACGUGGGCCCGGUCAAAGCUAUCUGAAGAGCGUGCUGGCUGAGCGCAUCAACAGCUUGAUCGAACACAAGGAUCUGAAUUUGGAGAUCAACCCCGUGAAGGUCUACGAACAGAUGAUCAUUCAGAUUGAGGAAGAGACUGGUUCGCUUCCGCCUAAUCUCCCGCGAGGUGUACCGCCAGAGGUCGCAGCUGCGAAUCCAGAUGUACAAGCCAUCAUCGCACCCCGUUUGACUAUGCUCAUGGAGAUCGCCAACAGCUUUUUGCUCACUAUCAUCGACAGUAUGGAGAGUGUACCUUAUGGUAUUCGCUGGAUAUGCAAACAAAUUCGAAGUCUUACACGACGAAAAUACCCGGAAGCCACUGACUACGCAAUAUGCUCCCUGAUUGGUGGUUUCUUUUUCCUUCGGUUCAUCAACCCAGCGAUCGUUACUCCUCAGGCCUACAUGCUUGUGGAUGGCGUUCCAGCGAAGUUCCCUCGACGGACAUUAACUCUCAUUGCCAAAAUGUUGCAGAACCUGGCAAACAAGCCUUCAUAUGCCAAGGAAGCGUAUAUGAUCACUUUGAACCCCUUCGUAGAGAAUAAUAAGGCACGGAUCAACCAGUUCCUGAAUAACCUCUGUGAGGUUGGGGACUUCUAUGAUACUCUUGAGAUGGAUCAAUACAUGGCUCUGUCAAAGAAGGAUCUCGUGAUCCACAUCACUUUGAACGAGCUGUACAACACGCAUUCCUUGAUUCUGCAGCAUGUAGAGACACUGUCACCGAAUGACAAGCAACAUCUGCGCAUCCUUACGGACGAACUUGGUGCAGCACCUCCUCAGGUUCCUCGUAAGGAGAACCGCACGGUCGAGCUCCAACUCUACAGUCGAUGGGAGACACCUAUCCAAGAUAUCCAAAGCGCUCUUAUGGAUUCCGUGUCUUCCAGCGAUAUGCUUUACAUGGAGACUAAGUCUAUCUUUGUCCAGCUCAUUCGUAGUCUGCCACAGGUUGCGGACAAACGCCCAUAUAACCUCCAAGCAAUUGCCGAACGUGCUGCAACGACCAAAGACGCAACUCUAGUACGCAAGGGCAUCAAAGUCAAGGAGAUGCUCAGAGAACUCGAAGAGCAGAAAAUCAUUGAUCGGUCGGAUGGCUACCAGCUGAUGCAAGAUGAAGUUGCUGCUGAACUCGUUCACCUGGGUAACUUGCGCGAGAAGGUCAUUGCCGAGACCAAGUCCCUUGACGCCGUUUACAAGACCAUUUGCGAUCACAAUAAUUACCUCAGGGGACAGCUCGAACAAUACAAGGCUUACCUACAGAAUGUUCGUCUGACAGCAUCGAAGGAUAAGGGUGCCACCACAGGCGUGGGCGUUGUCACUGUUGGUGGGAAGGAGAAGAAGCCGAUGAAGCCUGUUGUGCUUGGGCCGUAUAGGUUCACUCAUGCACAGUUGGAGAAGGAGGGGAUCAUCGUUGAGAGCAAUGUCCCGGACAAUAGGUAUGUGCUCUCGCCUGCCCUGGCGAAGAGUACACCAUUCAUUAACGUUCGUGAUUGUAGGCGGCCGAAUAUUUACUUCAAUAUUACUUCCCCUACACCGGGUACAUUCAUCAUUGCGCUGCAUUACAAGGGCCGGGAGAAGGCUAUCCUGGAGAUGGACUUGAAUAUCGACGAUCUUCUGGAGAAGCAAAAGGAUAACAAGCACCUUCUCGACCUGGAGUAUGUGCAGCUGAACGUACCAAAGGUACUGGGCCUCCUCAACAAGGUGUUCACGAAACGAUGAAUUUAGAGCUUUCGGUAUUCUCUCUGUCUGGAUGUUCGUCUACAUUAUUUUUCUACGAGCUUUUCACGAUCCCACACUCCUACAUUCCUUUUCGUCUAUUCUCUUCCUGUUUUCCUCUCCAUCUAUUCUUUUCUUUUUUCUGAGUUACCCAGGUUUCAUUAUAUGUUGGCGUUGGCCCCCGUUUCUUUAUUCUUUCCAGUAUUACCCACGAUGAUUAUCCCCCUCACUCUCUCCACCUGUGAUACAUAUCCGCGCUUUUCGAAAUGGUCGGCUUGUAUUGGUCCUUUUUCUCCCGUCUACUCUCUAAUUUUCUUUCGUCUAGUUCUAAUGAGGAUGUAUUAUUUCCUGUAUGCAUGGCUCUCGGAAAGAAAACACUCUUGUUGUGUUGGAUCCAUCAAUGCAUGCGUACAUUUCAUGCAGUAUAAGGGUAAUAUUAAUCAAUUCACGGACGAAUGCAGACCAGCUUCCAUUGAUGCUAUCCGUACUGUUACGCGAGUCGUGACCGCAAAUAUUAUCUACGCCAUAAUUUACUACCCUCUAACUUUUCUGCUGCUGCUGCGAGCGCCGACGCUCUUCCCAUUCCGUCAACCAAGAGGGCUUAUUUCCUUGUCUGUGCUUCGCAAUCUCCGCUACAGGAUCCGUCCCUUGCUUAGUGAUGAGGGUGGCCUGCAGCGUUCCUGGCGACUUGGAAGUAGUAAUCUCAAUCUUGGAAGAGGGCGAUUUCGUAUCCGAUGCUUCAGGUGCCUUCGCAUCUGCACUAGAAUCGGGAGUUGCCUGCAGUUCUGCUUUGCCUGGACGCUCGUUCUGUGAUUCACUAGUUGAGUCGGGACUAGGCAGCUUGUCUUGACCGGCUGUUUCGCGAUCCUUUGAUUCGGCAGGUCCGUCGCUUGCAGAAGUUUUCAUACCGGCUUCAGAAAGUACGCCAGCCAUGUUCUAAGCAAAUGGUAUGCAAACAAAGUGGU